AUGACCACCCUACUUCAACCAUCCGCCAACAAUGUAUUCUCAAACACCUUAAAUGGUCUUCCCACACUCGACGAGCCAUCACAACUCUGGCUCAAUCCGUUGAACAUACCACAAGAUAGCAAGGACUCGCUGAUUCAAAGUCUACGCGAACAACAAGAACGCACCGAACAAGAUUUACACACAGCCGAAGACUCCGAAGCUCACGCGAGCUCCACCCGAAAGCCCCGCCGAUCUUCCAGGGCCUACGUCUCGCGCGACAAUGUCAGUCCCGAACGGGCAAGACACCUCGAACGAAACCGCAUCGCUGCCAACAAGUGCCGCAAGAAGAAGAAGAAGGAACACGAACAGAUUCAAAGCAUCCUGCACGUCGAAACGGCGAAGCGCGAGACUCUCUUAGCCCAAGUCAACGUGUUAAAAGAAGAAGUCUGGCAGUUGAAAAACAUGAUGUUCGAGCACGCCGACUGUGCCGACCAAAAAAUUAAUCUACAACUGGCGAUGAUGACUCAGAAUAUGCUGGGUGCCAACAUUGAGGCGUUAAAAUGCCCGUCGCCCACCUUCUCGGCCAACCCCGUGCCCGACUUUCAAGAUGGACUCUUUGAAAGUUUCAUCGAUGUGCCCAGCAUGUAA